GUCAUAUGACUUUUGGGUUCCUUUCUUCUAGUCUUCACUGUCACAGAUAACGUCUUAGAGUAUUUGGCCAUUACCCUUUUAGAAUGGACUUCUGCACAGCUAAUUGGUAUCCUAUGGGCGAUGUUUACUAUCGAAAAUUUGAUCUGUAUCAAAUGGAAUGGAAUGUCAAAGAAGAAUUUAAAGAUUGCCUUAUAGCUGUUGGCCCAUAUGGAGGACCAAUCGCCUUUAUGAAAAAUUAUUUGACAAAAGAAAGAGCCAGCAGUUCAAGGCCUGUGUUGGAGAUUUAUACAGCAUCUGGUAUCCUUUUAUCCUCUUUGCCGAAGUGGAAUAGUGGUCAAGUUUUACAGCUGGGAUGGACUGUUUCAGAAGACCUUAUCUGCAUUCAGGAAGAUGGAACUGUGUUAAUAUAUGACAUAUUUUGUGUAUUCAAGCGUAGCUUCACAAUGGGAAAUGAAGUUAAGCAGAACCUGCUUCAGGAAACUAAGGUAUUUCAUUCUGAAUACAGAACUGGCAUUGCAGUUUUAACUGGAGCACUGAAGUUCACAAUUGUAUCAAAUAUUGAAGAAGUAAAAUUAUGCAGGAUGCCAGAUGUUCCAGGUCCUAAAGUGCCACCUUCUUGCUGGGCAGUUCUACUACAGGAUAGAAUGGCAUUGAUUUUAGUAGCCAUAGGCAAAGAUUUGUACCUCCUGGACAACACAGCUUGUUCUGUUAUAACACUGCCUGGAUUGAGCCCUUUGUCUGGUGCUUAUCUGCAUAUGUCUGUGUCAUUUCAUCAUAAGUAUCUAGCAGUAUUCACAGAUAGUGGUUACAUAUGGAUGGGAAAUGCAUCCCUUAAGGAAAAACUUUGUGAGUUAACUUCAGAUAUAAGACAACCACCAAAACAAAUGUCCUGGUGCAUCAGACCUCGAAGUAAACAAAUUGCCGUUGUUGUCCUGUGGGACAAGGUGCUUCUUAUUGCUGGACGUGCCAAAGAGAACAUUUUAUUUCCUUUGGAUGAGGAAACCUUUAUUGUCUCUGAACUUGAUGGUGUCAGACUUAUUUCUCAUUCUACACAUGAAUUUCUUCAUGAAAUUCCAAAAGCAACUGAAGACAUUUUUAAAAUUGCUUCAAUGGCCCCAGGUGCACUUUUGAUGGAAGCACAAAAGGAAUAUGAGAAAGAAAGCCAGAAGGCUGAUGACUACCUUCGUGAGAUAAAGGAUCAAAACCUGCUUCCUGUAGCUGUAGCAAAUUGCAUUGAGGCAGCCGGUUAUGAACAUUCAGCAGAAAUGCAAAAAUCAUUGUUAAGGGCUGCAUCUUUUGGAAAAUGUUUUCUAGAAUCAUAUUCACCUUCCGAUUUUGUAACAAUGUGUCAUGAUCUCCGUGUACUCAACGCAAUCAAUGAAUACCAGAUUGGCAUACCUUUGACCAUUGUACAAUACAAACAACUCACUGUCCCAGUCCUUCUAGACAGAUUAGUUUUGAGAAGGCUUUAUCCUCUUGCUGUUAAAAUCUGCGAACACCUUAAGAUUCCAGAGUUUCAAGGAGUGAGUCGUAUUUUAGCUCAUUGGGCAUGUUACAAGGUUCAACAGAAAGAGAAAUCCGAUGAAGAAGUAGCCCAGGCCAUCAAUCAGAAACUUGGUGACACUGCUGGGAUUUCUUAUUCAGAGAUUGCUUCAAAGGCAUGUGACUGUGGAAGAACAGAAUUGGCGAUUAAACUCUUAGAAUAUGAACCUAAAUCUGAAGAUCAAGUACCUUUGCUUUUGAAGAUGAAGAGGAGCAACCUCGCUCUUGGUAAAGCUAUUGAAAGUGGAGAUACUGACCUUGUUUACACAGUUGUGUCAUAUAUGAAACACGAGUUCAAUCGUGGAGAUUUCUUCAUGACCUUACAGAACCACCCAAUUGCGCUCAGUUUAUAUAGACAGUUCUGCAAGCAUCAGGAGCCUGAGACUCUAAAAGACCUAUACAAUCAAGAUGACAAUCACCUAGAACUUGGAAACGUUCAUGUUCGUUCAAGCUAUUACACAGAAAAGAGUGUUGAAGGCCGUGUUGCAGAGCUGCAGAAUGCAGUAGAUGAGUACAAUAAAGCAAAAAAUGACUUGGCUACUAAGGUUACAGAGGAUCAAAUCAAAUUGCUAAGAAUUCAGCGUUCUCUACAAGAAAAAAUUGAUAAACCUUAUCUAGACUGUUCAUUACAUGACACUAUCUAUAAUCUGAUUCUUGAUGGUAUGCAAAAAAAAGCUGAACAACUUUAUAAAGAAUUUAGAAUCCCUGAUAAAAGGUACUGGUGGCUGAAAAUAUCUGCACUGGCAGAGAAGGAAGAUUGGGAAGAGUUGGAAAAUUUUUCAAAAACUAAAAAAUCCCCAAUAGGGUACCUACCAUAUGUUGAAAUAUGUAUGAAGCAGCGAAACAAAGUUGAAGCGAAGAAGUACAUUGCACGUGUGAGCCCUGAGCAAAGAGUAAAGGCUUUUCUUUUAGUUGGAGAUUUAGAUCAAGCUGCUGAAGCUGCAAUUGAACAUAAAAAUGAAAAUGAAAUGAACAUGGUCCUGUCAAAAUGCUCCUCAGUCACUGAUUCUUCUGCAACUGAGAAGAUUGAGCGUGCCAAGGCACAGCUACUUAAAAAAUAAUCUGUCCUAAUAAAGAAAAAACAUCACAUGGCGCAUUUAUAAACACCUCAUAUGAUAACCAUGAUAAAAAGCCAAGAUAUAUAAACACCUCAUUGAUUUUUAACAAUAAUAAACUCAAGCAAUGUAUUUGUGUUUUCCACACAAGUCUUUUCUUCCACAUGCUUUGAUGAACAUAUUUCACAACUGUUACUGCAUUUCUGUUUGUGUAAAUAAGAUGUAGGUACUAAAGAUGGAAAUUGUCACCAUACUUGUGAUCUACUAUCUGUUCUUCCAUCAUUUAUGUGUCUGUAUAUGUACUUGAAUUUGAUAUAAUAAACUCUGUUAACUAUCUACUAUA